AUUUCCCCCUCUUCGCUCCUCCUCCUCUCAUUCUCUCUCCCCACAGUUUCUACUCUCACAUCCACUACUCCUGUUUUUUUGCUUGUUUUGUAGCCUCCAAGGCGAAAGAGAGUGGUCAAAGUGUCAAUAAUACACAGACUACACGAUCAUCGUCUGCGCUCAUCAUCAUCCAUCAUUCAACGGUACGCCCCGCUAUCCAGCCACUUACAACAACAAGAACAACAACCACCCCCCCUUGCUUUUCCCCUCCAAAAAUUCGCCUUACUCACCCCCUCUAUCCCCCGCAUCCUCUCAUUCCGCAAACCAGACCUAUCCAACCGCGCUGGAGGUUGGCCAACUCAGCUUCAUCCGUAAUCUGGCCCAGCCUCGCGUAAACGGGUGUUGUCUAAUAACGAUCGAAGACCGAAUUAUUGUCCAAAAACAGUAUCUACCACCCGCUUCUGUCACCCCUAGUCCGAUAAUACAUCCCCGCAGGUCUCUUGGGCCCGUUCAUGACCAACUCGAUCCCAGCGGCCUCGAGUCAGGCUGCUGCAACAAUGUCUGGUUCAUCUUCCCUCAGACGUUCCAUCGUGGCCCCCAGUGGUUCUUAUGCUUCGGUCCUCUCUGGUCAAUCUCGUCUUUCUGCCUUCACUUCGGAGCUCAACCAUCACAACGGGACCGGGGUACAUUCCCGACAUUUACCAAAUUCCACCAUAAAUUUCCCCUCUUCGAAUAGUCACGCUAUGAGUCAGAAUCAAGCAGCACAGCAACCUACCACUGUUCCUAGCUAUCUUGCAGAGUCAAGUUAUGCCGAGAGGCUCGCUGCGCGGUCCGCGGUCUUUAACCCAUUACCUACACCACCGUCGUCCUUGACACUAUCUGGAAAGGUCUCGCAGACUCACCGAGGAUUGGCGUAUGAUGUUAUCGAGAAUGUUUCGGGUGACGAUGAUGCGUUGAAUCCACUGCCUACAAGAUGGAACGAAAACGACAAGUGCCCGGGAAUUGACCUUCUAAACAAUGGAAUGGAAGUUAAAUUUAGUGGCCCUCAAAAAGCUAGCGACAAUGAUGCUGUAGCCGUACGAGCCGAUCAGCCCAUGCCACCACAAUGUGGACUGUUCUACUACGAAGUUACGGUUGUUUCAAAAGGGAAGGAAGGUUUAAUUGGUGUUGGGUUUUGCACACAGAAAGUGCAACUUAAUAGGCUACCGGGAUGGGAGCCCGAAUCAUGGGGAUAUCAUGGUGAUGAUGGAAAUUCCUUUUGCUGUCAGGGCACUGGAAAACAGUACGGUCCUCAGUUCUCAACCAAUGAUAUCAUUGGCUGUGGUGUAAACUUCAGGACCGGUACUGCUUUUUUCACAAAAAACGGUGUUGAAUUGGGUACCGCAUUCAGAGAUAUCAAGGGAAAAUUAUACCCAGCAGUUGGCAUGAAAAGGCCUGGGGAGCACGUCCGUGUCAAUUUUGGUCAAGAGAGGUUUGUUUUUGAUAUUGAUCAUUACAUGAAUAACGAAAAGAGAAAAGUUUACGACGAGAUCAACAACCACCCUACAGCGGGUCUUUGCCCCUCCCUUGAUGAGGCUGCCCUGAUACAGGCUCUCGUAUCGCAAUAUCUUGCUCACGACGGAUAUGUUGAUACUGCAAGGGCGUUUUCAGAUGAUGUCCAAAACGAGGCUAGGGCCUUAGAUAGUGGACGAUCUGGUGCUCUGAAAACUCUAGAGAUGAAGGAAGAUAAAGAUGCAAUACAUCGCCAAAAAAUUCGGGGCGCGAUUCUCGAAGGUGACGUGGAUCGCGCACUUGACCUCACCAACAAACACUACCCUGCUGUUUUGCCUAACAACCAGGCGAUAUUUUUUAGAUUACGUUGUAGGAAACUAGUGGAGAUGAUCAGGCAGUUUGCGGAGAAGGUUCACGAUGGCCCUACUGGCUCGAGUGGUUCCCACGAUGACCCCAUCGUCGGUGUUUUCGCGCAAGACAUGGAAAUAGACGACCCCGCAGGCGCCGGAACUGGUUGGGAGGAGAUGGAUGUUGAAGAUGAAGAUGGGAGUGGUGGCGUUGAAACAGGUAUGGGGGUGGAUCAGACAAAGAGUGCUUUGGAUGCUGCAGUCAAAUAUGGGCAGGAUUUGAGGGUUGAGUUCUCAUCGGACACCAGACCAGAGAUCAGGAAGGCUUUAGAGGAGGCUUUUAGUCUUUUGGCUUAUACAGAUCCUAGAAACUCUGUCCUCGCUCACUUACUGGAUGAAGAGGGGCGGGUCUCCGUGGCUGAAGAGCUCAAUUCUGCUAUUCUUGUCUCAAUGGGGAGAUCGUCAGUCGCUGCUUUAGAACGACUUGUACAACAGUCUACCAUCCUAAUUAAUGAGCUAAGUGAAGGGGGGGGACCUGAGGCAUUCGUCAACCUUCGAAACGACUACCUUCGCAACGACAACCACCGCAGCGAUUAUCUCAAGGCUCCAACCAGGUAUUGA